UAUCAAUCCAAAUUGUAUUCUUUCGCAAUCAUAUAUUUUCAGAUAUUCUCCAAAAGAUGGACACGUCUGUGAAGCCUUGUGAUGAUUUUUAUCAAUACAGUUGCGGAGGUUUUGUUAAGCAGAACUACAUUCCUGAUGACGAAAACUCACUGCAAUCUUUCAAUUUGGUGGGCAUUGAAGUUCAGAACCAUCUCAGAGGCUUAUUGGAGGACAAUGGUUUGAAGAAAAAUCAUUCCGAGGUAAGAACGAUUUAUACCAGCGACGGGCUAUUCGUUGUUAAUGUUGUCGUUAACGUUGUUGUCGUUGUUGUCGUUGUCGUUGUCGUUGUUGUUGUUGUCGUUUUCGUUUUCGUUUUCGUUGUCGUCGUCGUUGUCGUUCAAAACAAGUUAUUUUUUUCGUUCAACUUAUUUUUUUUCGUUCUACAGUUCCCAAAUUCAGCCGUAUCAAAAGCAUUCAACUUCUACAGUUCGUGUAUGAACAUUAGCCACAUAGAGAAAGCUGGUCAGGUUCCUAUAGGAAAGUUGGUCGAGAACUUUGGUUCCAGUCCGAUGUUGCAAGAAAACUGGACUCAGACGAACUGGAAUCUGGAACGGACUCUGGGUCGAGUGAUGGGUAAUCUCGGACUUGGCGUGCUGGUAGCAUUGGACGUAUCUACUUCGUUAUUCAAUACUUCUCAUCGCUCGCUCGGUGUAAGUAGAGAUUCGUAAGGAUUUUGCCUUGUCGUGAUUAAGUUAUAAGCUAGUUUUUGGUUUGUAAUUUAUUUUACUCACUGGGGCCGGUAGUUCAAAACUGGGUUAGCUUAACCCUAAGUUAACGUAAAAUUCAAAGCAAACUUCCUGACAGCUUGUCUAUAGAUUUGGAAAUAUUUCUUCAGAGAUCUUGUCUGGAUCGAUAGGAGUUUACUUCUCUGAAGUUUUGAAAUAAGCAGAGUGCAGAAAUAUGCAAACUAAAACAGCAGGUUAAAUUUGAACCCAGGGUUACCGCUAAUCCACCUUUGAACAACUGGCCCCUGUUGUUAAACGACACUUUAUUCCAUUGGAUAGUUUAGUAUUUUAGAAGACGUUCUUGGAGGGAAAAUUACCAAUUUAAAUUAUGUACACCCUCAGUAAAAUCAUAAAAAAUAAUUUUCAAAAAAUUUCUAAAAAAAACAUAAACAAUUCACCAAAAAAUACAAAGAAUGAAAAAAAAAUACAACGACUGAAAGAAAUAUAUGCAUGCACGCAGCAAUCCCUCGCCCAUUCUUAACGACGCUACUUAGAAAGCACAGUAGUUGCUAUGGUAACAUGAAAUUCUUAUUUAAUUUUAAAUCAUGUUUGGGAACUACAAAAUAGGAUUUAUUUUAAUUUAAAAUUGGUUUCAAAACUUUGAUAAAUGGUUGGUUGGCCUAGGGAGCACAAAAAUAGUGUUGCUGACAAAAAUUCAUUCGUGCAUGUUUUCGAAAUUGUCUCGAAACCAUAUUUAAUAACUGAACCAUCUAUAAUAAUAUACAUGAUAAAAUUUCUCAAUUCUGAUUGACUAAGAGCAGCGCAAUUCUUUCGAAAUACAGUGCCAAAAAGUGAAAUACACUGCAAAAAGUGAAUAUGAUUCUUUUUUCUGUGUUGGUGUUAUGUACUCAGGUGAAUAUGAUGUUUGUGAUGUCACUCUGAGUGCACAUUCACACCGGGCAAGCUUGAAAAAUAUGCCUGGUCACGGUGGGAAUCGAACCUACGACCUUUGGAACACUAUAGCCCAAUGCUCUGCCAACCGAGCACGCGGUCAGGUCGGUUCGAGUAUAUGAUAUUUCGGAACUAGAUAUAACAUCACAAACAUCAAAAAGUGCACGAAUAAUACAAAAAAACAAACAUUAUACGUCUGACAAAAUUUUCUAAUAAAAUUGUUUAUAUUAAAAUUAUCUAUUUCGCAUGUAACCUACACAUGGACAUGACUGCAUAAUUUUUUCAAAUAUGUUAUUAAUAAGUAAUUGUAAUUAAUCGUGAGUUUUCUUUGAAAAACUCACUCGUGCAUGUUCUUUUCCAAAUUGCACUCGAAACCAUAUACCAUUACCUAUACUAAUGAAUCAUAUUUAGCAAAUGCCUUAAUAAUAACGUCCAACGGAUUGUUUACCGGCUAAACUAAUGAAUGGAUCGUACUUAUACUCUGCAAUAAUUGAAUGUGUCUGUAUUUCUUUAGAUUGGUGGCGGGGUCAGUGGUCUAGGAGAAAAAUUGUCUCAACAAAUUCAACGUGUUGAUGCGACACAG